AUGUCCAUUUCCCAAGACCUGUAUCCAAGCGAGGAGGAUUACCUGUACGAGGAGGAGGUCCUGCGUAAUCCCAAUAGCCUUAAGCUAUGGUGGAGAUACCUAAUCGCCCGGAGCGAAUCCCCUUUCAAGAAGCGAGCGGUUAUAUACGAGCGCGCCCUCAAAGCUCUGCCCGGAAGCUACAAGCUGUGGCACGCUUACCUCCGCGAGCGCCUCGAGAUCGUGAGGAAUUUGCCCAUAACGCACUCCCAGUACGAGGCGCUGAACAACACCUUCGAGCGAGCCCUAGCUACGAUGCACAAGAUGCCGCGGAUUUGGAUAAUGUACCUGCAGUCGUUGACCCAGCAGAAGAUCACCACCAAGACCCGCCGGACUUUUGACCGAGCCCUCUGCGCCCUCCCCGUCACUCAGCACGACCGGAUUUGGGAAUACUACUUGGUUUUCGUCUCCCAGAAGGGCAUCCCAAUCGAGACCUCCUUGAGGGUUUACAGGAGGUACCUGAAGUAUGACCCUAGUCAUAUCGAGGACUUUAUUGAGUUUUUGGUCAAUUCAGAGUUGUGGCAAGAGGCGGCCGAGAGGCUGGCGGGGGUUCUGAAUGACGACCGGUUUUACUCAAUUAAGGGGAAGACAAAGCACAGACUGUGGUUGGAAUUGUGUGAUUUGCUGACACAGCAUGCUAGCGAGAUCUCGGGAUUGAAUGUGGACGCCAUAAUCCGAGGCGGGAUUCGGAAGUUCACAGAUGAGGUUGGUAGGCUAUGGACAUCUUUAGCCGAUUAUUAUAUAAGGAGAGGUUUGCUGGAGAAGGCCCGGGAUAUUUUUGAGGAAGGGAUGACGACUGUUAUAACUGUAAGGGAUUUUAGCGUGAUUUUUGAUGCAUACUCACAGUUUGAGGAGAGUAUGCUAUCAAUUAAGAUGGAAUCUUUGGAUGACAGCGAAAACGAUGACAGUGAGAAUGGAGAUGAUGCGGAGGAGGAAGAAGAGGAGGAUGAUAGGCUUGAUAUCGACAAGUUGAGGAAGAAGAUUGACAAAUUUUGGUUGACGGAUGAAAACGAUGUGGAUUUGAGGCUGGCAAGACUAGAGUAUUUGAUGGAUAGAAGGCCAGAGCUGGCUAAUAGCGUGCUUUUGAGGCAAAAUCCUCAUAAUGUAGAGCAAUGGCAUCGUCGAGUGAAGCUUUUUGAACAGAAUCCAACAAAGCAAAUUCUGACAUACACGGAAGCUGUGAGGACAGUGGACCCCAUGAAGGCCGUUGGGAAACCACAUACUCUGUGGGUGGCAUUUGCCAAGUUAUACGAGAACCACAAGGAUGUCUCAAAUGCUCGGGUCAUUUUUGACAAGGCUGUGCAGGUUAACUAUAAGGCAGUGGACCAUCUUGCCAGUGUUUGGUGCCAGUGGGCGGAGAUGGAGUUGAGGCACCUCAAUUUUAACGGCGCAUUGGAAUUGAUGCGUCGUGCCACUGCAGAGCCAUCGGUUGAGGUGAAGAAGAGAGUGGCUGCUGGUGGCAUUCCACCUGUUCAGAUGAUAGCUCAUAAAUCCCUUAGGCUGUGGACAUUUUAUGUCGAUUUGGUGGAAAGCCUAAGCAAUUUGGAUUCGACUCGUGCUGUAUAUGAACGAAUUCUGGACUUAAAGAUAGCCACACCACAGAUUAUAAUUAACUAUGCUUUUCUUUUAGAGGAAAACAAAUAUUUUGAAGAUGCGUUUAAAGUUUAUGAGAGAGGCACUGAGAUAUUUAAAUACCCACAUGCCAAAGAUAUCUGGGUCACUUAUCUAAGAAAGCUUGUUACGAGAUACGCAAAGUCAAAGCUGGAUCGUGUUCGGGAGGUUUUCAGAGUUGCAGUUCAAAAGACCCCAGCAGAAUUUGUGAAACCUAUCUAUCUUCAGUAUGCAAAGCUGGAGGAAGACUUUGGUCUGGCUAAAAAUGCAAUGGAAAUAUAUGAUAAGGCGACAAAAGCUGUAUUAGAUAAUGAGAGAUUGGGGAUGUAUGAAUUAUAUAUUGCGCGGGCUGCUGAAAUAUUUGGUGUUCCAAAAACUAGGGAGAUUUAUGAGCAAGCUAUACGUUCUGGCCUUCCGGACAAGGAUGUGAAACUCAUGUGUCUGAAAUAUGCUGAACUUGAAAAGAGCCUUGGUGAAAUUGACCGAAGCCGUGCACUAUAUAAGUAUGCCUCCAGUUUUGCAGACCCAAGAACCGAUCCUGAUUUUUGGAAUACAUGGCAUGAGUUUGAAGUGCAACAUGGAAAUGAAGAUACUUUCAGAGAGAUGCUCCGAAUGAAAAGAACUAUUUCAGCCAGUUACAGCCAAACACACUCUAUCCUUCCAGAGUAUUUAAUGCAAAAGGAUCAGCUGCAAACUCUGGAAGAAGCCAAAGAUGUGCUGAAGAAAGCAGGUGUACCUGACGACGAGAUGGAAGCUCUUGAAAGGAAAUUAGUGCCCUCUACUAACGGCACCACGACAAACGAAACUGGUCGAAGGUUAGGGUUUGUGAGUGCUGGUGUGCAGAAUGCUGGAGAGACCACAACAGCCAAUAAGGAGGAUAUUGAGCUACCAGACGAUAGUGAUUCGGAAGAUGAUGGUGAUGGGAAGGUUGAGAUUGCUCAGAAAGAUGUGCCUAGUGCUGUAUUUGGUGGUUUGGCUCGAAAGAGGGAUGGGCCUGAUGAUGGUGAUGCUGAAGGUGUUUCACAGAACAAAGACAAUGAUGGGCAUCUUGGUGCCCUUGAAAGAAUCAAGAGAAGACGAGGAGCGUGA